GAGAGGAAGCCGUUCAGCCGGGCGCCGCAUCCGUUCAGGGCACAGGGAGGCGUCUCAGGCAACGGAGGGAAGGCGAGCGGGGAGGCUACUUCUUACCUCCACCCGUCGACUAUAUACCCAGAGGCACCCCUUGGGCGGUCCCUUCAGACGACCACGACCGACCGAGCAAUUGGGAUCCAAGCAGGCACCUCAGGGAGAUUGUGAGUUCCUGACCCUCCGGCUGGGAAGAAAACAGAUCUCUCUCUUCCUUUCAGGAUUGACCUUGAACCCUUUGGGGACCCAGUGGGAUGCUCCUCAGGAUCUGUCCUGCACCAUGGACAUCUGGGAGUCUUCUCUGAUGCCUGAUGUACCCCACCGGCAUCUGUGGUACCAGCCCAGGACGGUACUAUUCCGUUCUCCAUCCAGGAUGGCAUCUCCUCUCUUGGCCACGCUGCCCUUCUCUGGACCCGCCCUGGAGGUGCCACUGGGCCCCACAUAGGAAGCAGGGCCAGAGCAAGACCUGCGAGCCUGUGAGCCACCCACACGCCCUUUGAGGCAUCCUCAUGGCCUGGCGUGGGAGCAAAGGGGAUGGAGCUGCAGCCAAAUGGUUCCAACAAUCAGAGUGAGCAGGGCCUCGCUGGCUUCCCUUACUCGCCUCUUGCCAUGGGCCUCAUCCUGAUGGCAGUGCUGACCAUGGCCCUUGUGACGCUAAUAGGGAACAUCCUGGUGGUGCUGGCGGUAUACACCAGCCGGGCCCUCCGGGCCCCACAGAACCUCUUCCUUGUGUCCCUGGCUGCAGCUGACAUCCUGGUGGCCGCCCUCAUCAUCCCCUUCUCCUUGGCCAAUGAGAUCAUGGACUACUGGUGCUUUGGGGACCUCUGGUGCCGGCUCUACUUGUCCCUGGAUGUGCUCUUCUGCACAGCCUCCAUCAUGCACCUCUGCGCCAUCAGCCUGGACAGGUACUGGGCCGUUACCCGAGCAGCGCGGUACAACCUCAAGAGGAGUCCCCGGAGGAUCAAGGGUAUGAUUGGUGCCGUCUGGGCCAUUGCUGCCAUUGUCUCCGUGCCGCCCCUUUUUAAGACCACCCAAGAGAAGCAGGUGUGCUUGCUGCACAAUGACACCUGGUACGUGCUGGCUUCCUGCACGGCCUCCUUUUAUGCCCCCUGCCUCAUCAUGGUGGCUGUCUACUGCCGGAUUUAUCACGUGGCCAAGCACAGGAACUCGGUGGUCAUCAUGGCCAGGCGCAUGUCCUGCUCCAACCUGGUGGCUGCUGCCACUGCCACCACUGCCAGGUGUGAGGCCCGCAGAGUGAGCGGGGAAGGGGCAAAUGCUGACUUGGAGCCUUGCCAGCUUCCGCACCCGCAGCCGGGCUUGCCCCGGCUUUCUCGGCAAUGGAGGGCAGAGGAGGCAGGCAGCAGCGGUGGCAGCAGGCCGCCAAGGACCCCCCGGCGGUUGUUCUCCAUGCCCUCUAGCCGGCUGCGGCGCCGGAGUAGAGACAUGUCCGUCUCCACCAACCGGUUGAUGCAGGCGCGGGAGCGCAGGUUCACUUUUGUCCUGGCUUUCAUCAUUGGUGCCUUUGUGCUCUGCUGGUUCCCUUUCUUCUUCACGUACAGCCUUGAAUCCGUGCUUGGGGAAGACUGCUGCAUCUCCAAGCCCCUCUUCAAAUUCUUCUUCUGGAUCGGGUACUGCAACAGCAGCUUCAACCCCAUCAUCUACACCGUCUUCAACCGGGACUUCCGCCGAGCGUUCCAGUGUCUCUUGUCCAGGGCUGACCCUCGUGGGUGUCGAAAAUGAAGGGGCUCGGUUGGUGGAGGGCUGGUGGAGCCUGGGAGUUAAGCACGGUGUUGUGCAGGCACUCAGAGGGCUGAGUGCAGAAGGUCUCCCUGGGAUCACUGGGUGGGGAACUGGCGGAGGUUGGCUGAUGAACUGAAUGUGGGUUGCUGUGAGUUUUAUUGAGGCCGUUCCCUUGGAAAGCACGAACGUCAGGAGCAUCAGUGCCCCUGACUCAGGCAGCAGGGUCUGGGAAGACACACCUGGAUGGAACCCAGAGGCCUUGUUGGCCUGUUGGUGACUUAUAUUCCCAAAUAUUUUUGCCUGUCCAACAAAAUAUUUUGAAGUGAAUGGUGGAAUCAAUGGUUACACUGUCUUACUGCCUUUAAUUUUGGGCAGGCUUCCUCCCAAGUUUAUGUGUUCCUCUGCAGUGAAGCCAGAGGGUUUUUAUUCUGGUCUCUUAUGUCCUCGUUUAUCUUACAUUGACUCAUACCUUGGGUGCAAGGGACCCACUGAUCAACCACAGUGAGCUGCAUGUGCCCAUUUUCCUGAAACAAGUGAUUUGCUGUUUUAGCUUUCUUCCUUGGUCACAGCCUCCUUAUCUGAAGAGGACACGAGGAGGAGGAAGAGAGUCUGUGUGAGAGAGGAUUCAGUAAGUUGACAUGUUCUUUGUUGGGAUAGGAGACAUUUCGCUAGUCUUCCCCUAAAAGUGCUUCUCCUGCCUCAAGUAUAUUGAUCCUUGUCCAAACAGAGGCACUGUUGUUGUUGUUUUUAAAUGAUGAGUGAGAAUUUUGUUGGACUCCGCUGUUGAAGCCAGAACUUUUCAAAAUUUAUAAAGAAGAUACUGAAAUAUAUGUUGACAUCUAGGCAUGUCCCUGGAAAGGACCCUGAUGUUGGAAAAGUGUGAGGGCAAGAG